AUGGCGAUUCCCGAAGAAAUCCAGAUAGCGGAAACUCAGGACCCAUGCACUUCUAACGCCUCGCCGCCGUCCGGAGAUCACCGGUUCGACAAGCUUCGCGGUGUCCGAUGGCGAAUUAACCUCGGAAUUCUGCCGUCUUCUCCUUCCUCCACCAUCGACGAGCUCCGCAGAGUAACGGCUGAUUCCAGAAGAAGAUAUGCUGCUUUGAGAAGACGACUCUUAAUUGAUCCACAUUUGCCCAAGAAAGGAAUCAAUUCUCCAGAUUUCACAAUCGAUAAUCCUUUAUCACAGAAUCCUGAUAGUACUUGGGGGAGAUUCUUUCGUAACGCAGAGCUCGAGAAAACGCUCGACCAAGAUCUCUCACGGCUUUAUCCAGAGCAUGGAAGCUACUUCCAAUCCUCUGGAUGCCAAGGCAUGUUAAGAAGGAUACUUCUCUUGUGGUGCCUCAAGCAUCCAGAGAUUGGUUAUAGACAAGGGAUGCAUGAGCUAUUAGCUCCUCUGCUUUACGUUCUUCAAGUUGAUGUGCAAUACCUAACAGAAGUGAGAUCAAACUACGAAGACCAGUUUAUCGAUCUCUUCGACGAACAAGCGUUUCAAGAACGUGACUCCGCAGCUUACGAUUUCGAUAUCAAGAAGGUUUUGGAUGAUUCCAUGGAGGACGAAGAAGAAGAGAACGGUCCAGCUUCUGGAAACACAAGGAAGAAGAAGAAGAAACCGAAGAGUUUCGAUGAGCUCGACACCGAGACGCAGACCGCUGUGCUGUUGAGCGAUGCGUAUGGAGCUGAGGGCGAGUUAGGGAUCGUCCUCUCCGAGAAGUUCAUGGAGCACGACGCUUACUCCAUGUUCGACGCUCUCAUGUACGGCGGAGGAUCUUCUCUCGGUGCUGUUUCCGUUGCGAACUUCUUCGUGUACUCUGCUCCGAACGAUUCCGUCACGGGACUGCCUCCUGUGAUCGAAGCUUCCGCUGCAUUGUAUCAUUUGCUCUCUCUGGUGGACUCUUCUCUCCACAGCCAUCUCGUUGAGCUCGGUGUUGAACCUCAGUACUUUGCUCUCCGGUGGCUUAGGGUUCUGUUCGGGAGAGAGUUCCCUCUGAACAAUCUGUUAAUCGUUUGGGAUGAGAUAUUUUCAGCUGAUAACUCUGAGAUACAGAGUGUUGAUUUAGGGUUUGAGUUCAAGAUCCUUAGCUCUCCUCGUGGAGCUCUGGUGGCGGGAAUGGCGGUUUCGAUGAUACUUUAUCUGAGAUCGUCGCUGCUAGCGACGGAGAACGCGACCUCGUCUCUCAAGAGGUUGCUGAAUUUCCCGGAGGACGUUGAUCUGUGUAGAGUUAUCGAGAAGGCGAAGUCGUUGCAGAGUCUUGCUCUGGAGAUUAACAACGCUCGUUGUGGUGGUGAUUUGAUUCUGAAGAAGCCGGCGGCGAGAGGUCAUAGUUUGUCGGUUGAUUCGAUCUCGCUUGGCUCUUCGUCUCCUGUUGGAAAAGUGCCUGAGAGCUACUGGGAGGAGAAGUGGAGAGUUUUGAACAGCGCGGAGGAAGAGGAGCGGAAGAAGAAGGUGUUGUUGGUGGAGAGACCUAAAGGUGGGAAGAAGAGUUGGUCGGAGAGAGUUAAGCUAAGGCUUUCGAGGACUGAGUCCGAUCCGUCGCCGGCUGAGGCGGUUAGAAGCGGUAACAAGCCGCCUAUUAGACGGAGUUUGCUUGAUGAUUUGUCCCGGCAGCUCGGGGAAAAAGAGAUUGAUCCUCCUGAGUCUCCGAUCCCGGUUGAUACGGAUAUCGAACGCUCGUCUACAGUAUCUGAUUCACCGAGCACAGAUUUGGAGGAUAACAAUUCUGAUAAAGGCGGAAGCAGUGAGAUCCACUCGGAUUUGCCUCUUCUCGUUCCUGAGAAGGAGCCAGAGAAUGCUGAGAAGGAGCCAGAGGCGAAUACUGAGAACAAGCCAGAGGCGAAGACUGAGAAGGAGCCAGAGGCCAAAGCAGAGAAGGAGCCAGAGACGAAAUCAGGGGUGAAUAUCUUCAGGGAUAGGAUUCUUUCAGGGAAGUUCCAGAGGCUAUGGAGGUUAGGUAGAAACUUGUCCGGCGAGGAGACCUCUGAGACGAAAGAAGCUAAACCGAAAGAUUCUGAAGAAGCAAAGACAGAUUUGGGUUCAACUGCAGGGAAUGGAGAUUCAUUGAAGAAUACAGGACGGUCCAUGCUUGAACAUAUUAAGGUGAUAGAGUCGGUGUUGGAGCUAAGUUCACCGGAGAAACUGACUGAGAACGGAAGGGUAACAGUUGAAGAAGCUCUUAAAGAACUUCGUAGACUUGGAAAUAUGUUGUUGUCGGAAAUGUAA